AUGGCCCUCCAAGCUUUCUUGCAGUACAUUGAUGACAGAUACAGUGACCUUCAUAUGGACAUUUCUGUUGUAGAACACAUGUACAGAGCUACAAAAGAUAUUGUUCAAUAUCUUGUAGCUAAAAUCGGUGAACUUGAUCCAUGUCUCACGGUUAAUGAAAUUUUAAGCGUCGGUAGUUUUGUAGAAAAGACGAAGAUUCGUUCUCCAAAUGAAUUUGACUUCAUGGUUUGUCUCGAUUUUCUUUCCAAUGAAGAUGUAGUGAAAAUCGAGGCCCAGGAAGGAUGUGAUCCAGGGUAUAUGAUAGCUUUUCUGAAGUCUCAUCCGAAAAACAUGAAGCGUACAGCCAUGCAACUUUAUGGAGAUGUUUGGUGUAUUCAUCCUGAUGGCUUAAGGGCGGAAUACAACAGAUUGUUAACCGAGGUUUUUAAUACAAUCAAAGAUUAUAAAGUCAUCACACCGCACGGGGCCAUGAAAGUUCGUGGAUCAUUUCAUCUUGCCUUGAAAUUAGAAUGGAUAAGGUUCCGCAGUGAAUACACCGGAGAUGAUGUUUUCAACGGCCUGUCACAAACAGAUAUUCCCUUUGAUGGUGCGCACCGAUUACCCGUUGACGUUGAUAUCAUGCCCGCCGUGCGUGUUGAAAAUGCUUCUCUCGCGACCACACUAUCAGGAUUUCCUCGUCAUAUGGCGGAUGUUGUAACUAGUCAAGGUUUUCAUUUAAUAUACAAGGCGUCGGGUCACGAUUCCAAUACUCCCUUCCUUCAAACAUCUUUCGCCGCGUCAGAGGUAGUAUUGGUGCAAAAACUACAUCCGAUUCACAAACAGUGCUACAGGAUACUUAAGUAUCUUCUCACAGAUGGCACGAAUGUCAACAAACAAAACAAAAAUAUUUCUCUUUCAUCAUACAUGUUCAAGACAGCAGUUCUAUUUCACGAAUACGACGGUCUUUGUCGUGGUGUUCCAGACAUUGUAAAAUGUAGUCUUAAUCUAAUUAAUUAUGUGAAAGAUAAUUUUGGACUUGGUCUCAUGCCUACCUUUUUUAUGAGAAAUAGGAAUACUUGGGGGAAAUCCUACCGAAUUCCUAUUAUGUAUUCAUGGAAUCCUAGUGGACUUCCCCACGAAGUCAGUAGGGACGAACUGUGUGUCAUAAUGUGGAUGGAGGUCUGGCGUCAAAUAUUGAACAAAGCCAUCCUUAUUUUCCAAAAUAUUUGCAGAUAUAACGCAACAAAAACAGCUCUUCAAAGUUCUGGACAAAACAACGUUUAUCAAAGAAACAAUGAUUCUAAUACUGUUACCGAGAAUAUCCACAAAACAGUCAGUCACACUGAUUCAGUGAAAGAGAAAGAGUCAAAAGGAGACUGUCAAAGCAACACAUAUAACGAAACACAUGGUGAGGAGGCAUCUUCAGCUAACAAAACCUGUCAUCGGCCUGGAACUGGCGUAUUGCUUUACCAAUUCACGGCCAAUGACAAUUUCGUUGAAGCUUUUCAAAAACUGCGAAAUACAAUAUGUUCAGUGACAGGUUUGCCUCCUGAAAAAGCAUUGGCAGCACAAACAGAACCUGAAAUCUGGAAACUUGUUGUACCAAAAUUCUCUGAAUAUCACGCAGUAAUGGAAAAGGCAUGUCAGGAAAAGAUUGAUAUUCCAAAUGAAGAACCAAUGAAUUUAGAAUUAAAAGAGAUAGUAUAUAGUAGAGAAUCAUUUGACUGA